GUCGACGUCAACUGUUCAGCGACCGCAGCAUGGGUGACGCCGGUGGAGGACGGACGGCGGAUUCGCUCGUCAAGAUCGUGGGGUACACGAGCUCGACGUACAAGGCAGACAAAGUGUCCAAGUCCAUCGGGUACGGCUUUGCGUUCCUCGCGAGAGUUAUCGAGCUGUAUGCGAAGAAGCCGACACGGCACUCGCAGGGGUUGAGCGCCGUGGCCGGUCAAAUUGCGUAUGCACGCUAUGUCACCCGUUUCACCGGAAUAUUUGAGUGCCUGGAAGCUCUCAAGAAUGGGUCGUGGGUCGGCGCAGACGACAACGACCACCUCAAACGGGUCGUGACCCUGCAAGUGUACUCCAUGCUGUUGUACUAUCCACUCGAACACGCGUCGUUUGUCGGUUUUGUCGCGCCAAAGUGGUUUCCCUCCCUCGAUGCAUCCAAGUGCUCCCGGCAAUCGUGCAUGGCAUGGGGGGCGUACGUGGCAUUGGACCUGUACGUGAAUCACGCUCGGUUGUCGAUCUUGGCUGAGCGGGAGCGACAGCUCUUGGACAAGAAGUCGGACGUUCCUGACGUCGAGCGCAAGGCGAAACUCGCCAUCAUUGAGCAAACGUGCGCGACGAGGAUGUCUCUCAACGAAUCGGUGUUCUCACACAACGUAUAGGCGAUGGAACAUUCGGGUCAACCAGUUUCGAAACAUGCUCUUCCUCCCGCUCUGCAUACACUGGUCCACGGAGAAAGGAAUCAUGCCUGAGGUGCUGACGCAGUUCCUUGCGUUUGCAGAGGCUGUCGUUGGGACCUGGCAGACGUGGCCGCAAUAAACCGCGAUGCCAUCACUCCGCGAUCCUCUCUGGGUUGCUCUGACUCCGCGACCGUCCUUGGGGAUUUCAUCACAGGCGGCGGCGCCUCUGACGAUAGUGAUGGAGUGGAAUGGUCCUUAAGUGUUUUGAUUGGCUCGUAAGAGUAAAAACCUUCAUUUUUGACUAAUCAGCGGUGACUUCA